UGCAGUGGUGACAGGAUAGUUGGUUUAUAUAGCGGUGACUCAGAGCGAAGCGCGCACUCGCUGCAUGAAUGAGCGCGCGGAAGACACUGAACACACUAUCAGCUGCAAGAGCACGCCGGAGCUGGUCAAAUGACAUGCCGUUUUAGGUCGCUAACAUACCCAAGAAGAAGUUUUACACAACUUUUAACAAAGCGAGAAUCAAAGUUUUGUGUGGUGAGCGUCGCGCGGAUCUGGACACUAUGCAUUGUCAAGCAGAGCUGAGACUCGCGAGCAGCGCGCAACUGAAAGCAGCCAGAAGAUACAAGACUUUCAUGAUCGACGAGAUCCUCUCCAAGGAGACUUGUGAUUACUUCGAGAAGCUUUCCCUUUACUCGGUUUGUCCCUCUUUAAUCGUCAGACCCAAACCUCUGCAUUCAUGCACGGGCUCUGUUCCUCUGAGGUCGUAUCCUCUGCUGUCUGUGAUCACACACCAGGCGUCCAGCAGUGUGUCUCCUCUGUCUCAGUCGUCCCCUCAUCUGCCUCCAUCCAGCGAGACUCCCCUCAGCAUCAGCAGUGAGUCUGAUACGGAGCACUGCACUCCGCGGCUAAAGAAACCCCGCCGCAGCCGCACCAUCUUCACCGAGCUGCAGCUCCUGGGCCUGGAGAAGAAGUUCCAGAAGCAGAAAUACCUCUCCACUCCAGACAGAUUGGAUCUGGCUCAGUCACUGGGACUCACACAGCUCCAGGUGAAGACGUGGUACCAGAACCGACGCAUGAAAUGGAAGAAAAUGGUGCUAAAAGGAGGGCACGAAGCUCCAACCAAACCUAAAGGCCGACCCAAGAAGAACUCAAUCCCAACCACUGAGGAGAUCGAGGCCCAGGAGCGAAUGGAGGCCAAACUGGCAGAGGAGGAGAGGCUACAUGCAGAAGUGGAGGACGAAGUUUUCCAGUCUCAACCUCAGGAUCUCAGUACAUCCGCCACAUCCGCCGUCGAGUAUGUCUGUCCAGAAAGCCCAGAGCGAGAGCAGGCACCGGCAUCACCGUCAGAAGCAAUGACCACCAGCUAAACGCCAGCAAACGCCAACACUGAAAAGACUUUGGAAAGACUUUUGAACGGCUUCCCGGGCUGAUUUUGAGUUGUCAGUGGCUCCAGAAAGUAGAGCGAUACUUUAGACACAUAAAAUGUGCGAAUGUCAUUGUCAAAACAACAAAACGUCAAACCUAGUGGCUUGUAAAACAAGAAAGGAUUGAAUAAGCACACUUCUUAAGAAAACAUUUCACAGAAUAAGCUUUUUUUCAGAAGCAUUUUACAAUAAGGUCUCAUCGGUUAACAUGAACUGACACUAAAUACUCACACAGCAUUUACUAAUACGUUGUUAAAAUCCAAAUUAGAGUCAAGACACUACUGAAGAUUUUAAUAUCAUUUUUUAAUCGUUUUUUUUAUGUAUAAAUAAAUAGACAUUAAAUAUAUAUUAAAAAUGC